GCAGUGUUCCCAUGCUGCUGGGGUAGGCGGGACCAAUUAUCAUGGGAGACCGCGAGCUGUACAUGACGUCACUUGCUCGAGCAACCAAUAGUAGUGCAGGGUUUUCGUCGCAGAAAGUUGGCCAGGCGGCCGCUCAAGAAGGAAAGAGGUUCUUGCGUUUUUCUGGGGGUGCGACGUCGCCAGCGUUGGUUGCCGCGCGUGGAUCGUCGACUGCCCGUGCGCAGUUCGUUUCGCGAAAACCUCGGUGGCAUCACUGUGGCUUGUGUGUGUGAAAACUGUGUGUGAUAUAUCUGCGAAGCACUCGCUUUGGAUAACCGGCACGAAGCAGCGACGGCCACUUGGAUCUAACGACGACUCGCAGACCUCGCACCACCAUUUCGGAGCCAGAUGGCAGUCUGGAUGGGAGCUUGGACUGCACAGCUGUGACGUAAGCAAAGCGAAUGAACGUGUGGAUGACGAAGCAAGCAACAGCCUUCAGCGCAGUCCACCUGACGCAUCAGCGUACGACUAAAGAGGAUUAUUCCUGAAGGGUUGCACAUUCGCUGGGGAGAUUUGCAGUUUGUGUCACCAAAUGCUCCGUGUGACAAAGCGCGUGUGAUACUAGCGGCUGACAAUAUAACCAACGAAGAGUCCUUACAGUACUGAGUUGCUGUAGGAUACUUGAACGCAACGAGGUGUGGGAUAACCUGUACGCCAGCCCCCCAGGUUCUUCAUCCGGGGAGUUAUAAGGGAUAUCCCGCCAACUGUACCACUACGAGCAUCGCCGAAGCGCCCGGGCACGCCCAACCCCGCGCCACUCCACUGCACCAGUGCAGCGGGCUCGCUGCGCGGGCCGCAUCGAAAAGACGAGAAGAGAGCGAGGGAGACGGAAAGAAAAAAGAAAAAGAAGGGCAGGCUUCCGAGGACCCCCGCCAGGAUUAUGAGCCAACAGCCUGAGCGUGUGAAGAUGGUGGCGGUGCAUUAGUGAAGAGGAGGCAGGCCUGCUGCACCCAACGGGAUCAUGGUUUCCACGCAGACUGCCAUGCCACCACCCGCACCACCGCCUGCCGUAAGCUCACCCAUGAACGUCCAGCAGCAGCAACAACAACAACAGCAGCAGCAACAGACUCAGCAGCAGCAGCCGCAACAGGUUGUGGUCAGUUCACAGCCCAACCUGGCAUCGCCCACCUCCGUGGCUGGGACCCAGGUUCCCAACCAGGUCACCAUGACCACCAGUGCCCACCUACAGCCUCAGCAACCACAGUCACCCAUCGGUGGCCCCAUGCCCCCGCACUCUUCGACAUGCACUGUCAUCCCCCAACAGGCCAUCCAGAGCAUGACCCAGUCGCAGUUGCAGCCCGUGCAGGUCAUCCAGCAGUCAUUGCCUAACCACUACCUGCCGCAACUGUACUCGACCCAGCAGCAGAUGCUUUUGCCUGGCAACCUCGCCAUCCAGCAGCACAACAUGGGGGCCCUGCAGAGCCUGAACUUGCAGCUGCAGAGCAAGGCCCACAUGGACCACACGAAGCAGGGUGGGGCAGGGGGACCGCACGGAACGACCACAAUCAUCCCAGCCGUGUCCAUUGCAAGCGUCAACCCAGGUGGCAAGGGGGUGACCAUCAGCAGUGCGCCAACGCUGGUGACCACCAACUGCCACAUGAUGACAGCUUCUGGCAAACCCUGCCUCCCUACCGGUCAGAUGAUCCACAAGGGCGCCACGGUCAUGAGCCACGGCGGCUAUCAACUGCCAUCGACCAGCACAGGCCAGCAGACACUGGUCAUCAACCCUCUGGGACUCAUCUCGAGCCAGAGCCUCCUCCCAGCUGCCAAUCAGGCCAAGCAAAUGGAUGCUAACAAGGCCAAGCCUUUCGUAAGUUGCUUCGGAAUCCACGAGCAUCCGGUUUCAAUGUGGCAACAUCAGCAACAGAUGGUAAAGCAUGCUUCCUUGAUGUCCCAGAAGGUACACACCCCUACCUCUUAUGCUCAGGUGAUGAGUCAGCAGACACCACUGCAGCCAAAGUCACCGCUAAUGGCCAACACAAUAAAUGCCCAGGGAUCUGGCCAGAUGACCACUGCUCAAGUGAUCAACACCAACCAGUUCAAGCAGCUUUCCCAGAACAACCCACAGAUCAUCUCCAGCCAGCAGCCCACUGUCAUCAGCCAGGCACAGCUUCUAGGCUCGCUACAAGCUCUCAACGCCACAUUCCCGCAUGGCAUCACGUGGGCACAGCCAGGGCAGCUGCAGAGCCCGACUCUGCUCACCCAGAACCCCAUCUACAUCCGGAGCCAGCAGUCGGAUGUCUUCCUGCAGCCAGGACCCCAGCAGGCCCUUCAUGCACUGCCUGUGGCUACUGCUCAACCCACCGUAGCCCAGGCACAGCCCCAGGCCCAACCCCAGGCCCCCCAGCAGCCCACCGUUGCACUGGCUGCAGCCCCUCCCACGCAGCAGCCACAGCCGAUCCAGCAGCAGCCACCCAAGCCUAAACAGGUUCGUCCAGCCAGCUCAGUUGCUACUCAGACUGCCACCUCAACUUCUGUUACCGUCAAUUCUCAUGUCCUCCCGGCGCGAACACAGGCCAAGCCGAGGAUCAGGGCGCAGACAAACCGCACUUCCCCAGGCCCUGGGCAGCAGCAGAAUAUGAUCCACACUCAGACGGCAAACACACAGACGCAGACAUUUGCCGUGCCAUCUCCGCAACAGCAGACAACUGCACAGCAGCAGCACCAUCAUCAUCAACAUCAGCAGAACCUUCAGCACACUCACCCUCACCAGCACACUGCUCAGUUCCAGCAGCAGAUUCAUCAGCAGAUACACCAGCAUCAGCAGCAACAAAAAGGAGCCGAUUGCAAUACAUAUUGGCCUUGGAACUGGCAACAAACACAGUUUCUCGUGUUUGCAGCCGAUGCAGCCAAUCAGACAACAGUCGCCCAGCAACAGCAGCAGCAAGCUCAACAGCAGCAAGCACAGCAGCAAGCUCAGCAGCAGGCACAGCACCAAGCGCAACACCAAGCGCAGCAGCAAGCACAACACCAAGCACAGCAGCAAGCACAACACCAAGCACAGCAGCAAGCGCAACACCAAGCACAGCAGCAACAGGCGCAGCAGCAACAGGCGCAGCAGCAACAGGCGCAGCAGCAACAGGCGCAGCAGCAACAGGCACAGCAGCAGGCGCAACAGCAGCAGGCGCAACAGCAGCAGGCGCAACAGCAGCAGGCGCAACAGCAACAGGCGCAACAGCAACAGGCGCAACAGCAACAGGCGCAACAGCAACAGGCACAGCAGCAACAGGCACAACAACAAGUACAAGUGCAGGUGCAACAAGUGCAGCAGCAGCAGGUGCAACUUGCACAACAUCCACCCCAGCAGCAACAGCAGCAGCAACUCCAUCACCAUCACCACCACCAUCACCAGCACACUCCCAUUCAGCCUCGUAUUCUUCCUGAGAUGAAGAGCACGUCCACUCAAAGCGCAGUGAAGACAUCAGCCGUGGUGAACAUUGAGCCAAAGCCCGCCACCAUGCAGGCCAACCUGUCCCAGAGUCACCAGCAGCAGUCGCAGGCUCAGAACACAAACAUGGUGAACCACGGAACACCUGGCCACGCCGCCACUGCCAAUACUCCUGUUCCGAGCUCGGCUCCCUCUCACUCCACGCAAAGCCACCCUACUGCGAGUCACGGCACGCCCAGCCACUCAGUCACAGGCCACUCGACUCUGGGCCGUGCAGCAACACCCACCAGUCAUGCGGCGUCACCAAGCCACCCGACGGCCAAUCUUACAGUGACGCCCAACCAUUCUCCUUCUAUCCAUGUCAGUCUUCCCAGCUCGACAGCGCACGUAAUCACCAGCCAUUCGGGUCCGUGCCACACCGCCGUCAGCCACAUGACUUCGACCCACGUGUCUGUGACGCCUACAUCGGUGACGCACACGUCGAGUACCUCACAUCCAACCAUGGUCCAUGCGCCGGUGGGAGGUCACAUUACCGCUACUCACAUGCCGGGACCUCAUAUGACCAACCACCAUUUGACUGGCAAUGCUGUGUCCGGAGGUCUCAGUGUUAGUAGCCACGUGGCCGUUGCACCUCAGCAGAAGGCAACUGUUGGCGUACCAUCUCCUCCAGUGGCAGCACCACCACCGACAGCUGUCAAGGGGUCAGCCGAAGAUAAGGUUGAGGUUUCUGCUCCCCCAGAAGCAGCCAUGCCUUAUGACAAGCAAGGCGGCGAGUCGGGCCAGAAGCCUGAAGCCAUGACCAAUGGUGGUGCGGUGACGCCUCAGAUGACCAUGUUGACGGCAUCAGAGCCUGUUCGCCAAAUCUCCCAAAAACCGGUGGUCAAGCCUAAUGUCUUAACACAUGUCAUAGAAGGGUACAUCAUCCAAGAGGGACCUGAGCCAUUUCCGGUCAGCCGCUCAUCCCUCAUUGCUGAAACUGAAUCGCCAAAGCCCUCUGUGGAGACGAAUGGAAAGGCAGGGAGUGAUGAAAUUCAACACAUUGCUCAAGUUCCUCCUUCAGAGGCUGAGCCUCCUCCUUCAAAGGUCGUGGCUGCUGGGCCGGACCGGGUGGAAUUGGCCAAGUGUGAGAUGUGCGGCAAGCUAGGCACAAAGUCAAAGUUCAGAAAGUCCAAGCGCUUUUGCUCGUCAUCGUGUGUCAAGCGCUAUAACUUGGCAUGCUCUGAGCGGCUCGGCAUAUUUGCCUUCACCUCGGAGCCUGAAAAUGAGGACGAGCUCCCAGGCAAAGUAACUAAAAAGAAGAAAAUGGGAAGGAAGAACUGGCGAAAAGUUCAAGGAAAUAACUUCAACGAGUUCUCAUCUGAAAAAUGGCAACAGCAGCAACAGCAGCAGCAACAGCAGCAGCAACAGCAGCAGCAACAGCAGCAGCAACAGCAGCAGCAACAGCAGCAGCAACAGCAGCAGCAACAACAACAGCAACAACAGCAACAACAACAGCAACAGCAGCAGCAGAAGAAAGAGGAUGUUCCCCAGCUACAGCAGCAACCGCAGCCACAGCCACAACAGCAGCAGCAGCAGCAGGCUCAAAACAAAGACGUCAGCAUGGACAGUGUUGAGCCAGCCAAAGAAGACGCCAGCACGCCCAUGGAGACAGCUGCCAGUGCCUCGGUGCCCGAGCAGUUGCUAAGGCCUGAGAGCUCGGUUGAGUCGCCCGUGCCUGCCCCACCCGUGGAGAUGGAAGUGGAUGCACCAGAGGCAGCACCAGUCCUGCCAAGCAAGAACCCAAGAAGUUGGACGGUACAAGAGGUUGCUGACUACAUUCAAGAGCUUCCAGGUUGCACUGAUUAUGCAGAUGAAUUCCGCUCCCAGGAAAUUGAUGGUCAGGCAUUGCUUCUGCUCAAGGAAGAUCACUUGAUGACAGCCAUGAACAUCAAGCUUGGCCCAGCUCUCAAGAUAUGUGCCAAGAUCAACGCCUUGCGAGAGGAACAGUAGCGCACGCACAUUCAGACAGCCUCUCACACCGCUUGUGUUCGGACUGUAUUAUAUAUAUUUUUUUCCUCCUUCUGCUCAAGACAAGCUCUCAAAAACCAAACUGUGCCGUGUGGAGUCAUUUCAGUUGAUUUGAGUGAGCAUCAGUAAGUGUAGUCAGCUAUGUGUGUGAUCACUGUAGUGUGUGUGUAGGUUGAUUCUGUGAUUUUGUGGAAAAUGUGAAGUGGAUCCCCUAAUGAGACACUGCAAACGAGUGUGACCAAACUUUGAGGUGGCGACUUUGCGCUGUGUUGGUUGUGCUUUGUGGACUUUGGUGCGAGAAACGCAAGAGGGCAAGUUCAUCCUCGCAUCAGCUUUUCAUCGACAGAACUUUUUCAAGCUGUGCGUUGUGUCCUGGGACACCGUGUAUGGACACUCCUGUUCCUUCAAAGCAGGCUUGAGUGUGUUGUUUUAAGGUUUUCUUCUAGUAACUCACUCAGAAAGAAGCAUGUUCUUACUGGACGUUAUCCAUAUGAAGCUACACUUGAUCAUCUCCACAUGAUAUCUGUGGAUUAAGAUCACAUAAAAAAAAAGGAGGCUGAAACAUGUACAGCUUGACGAGCCAGGACACUGUGCAAACCGACAGGAUUCACCUAUUGCUUAUCGUGUGCAAGGACAUGUGUGGACUGCACUUCCCAUUUCUUACAGCAUCUUUCUGCCUCUACUGUUGUGAGUGUGUGAAUUCUUAGAUGACAUUCCCUACACCUUGUAGAGUUCCUGUAGUGCACAGCUGCAAUGUGGGUGAAUGUUUGUUUACGUUUAAUUUAUUGUUGGCCCGCAUAAAAAUUAUUGUACAUCCUGGUUCAGAGUUGAAAGAUAGACCCUAUUCAUUUAUGUGAGUUUGCGUGAAAGGUGGCGAAGUGUUAGUUAUUAAGCUCACUGCUUGAUUCGUGGCAAGAGCAAAUUGUAAAUCUCAUCAUAGCUGGAGGAGUGAAGCUACCAUGCCUGGCAGUGAGCAUCUCAUGUACAAAGUUUAUCGUGCCCAUUGCAAGAAAGUCCUCCGGUUAGUUUUUCUAGUGAUGUGCGUAAGUGUGCGUGCCUGCUUGAGUGUAAGAGAACACAUUUAGUGGUGACGUCAGUUUGUGUAAGAUACCGAUCUGGAUAUUUUUCUUCAGAACUGGUGAGGCAAUCUCUGUAUUCCGUGAUGCCUUGGAACAUAUGAUGCGUGUACCCUGAACAUCUGUUAAUUUGGUUGUGUAUGCUUUCUUUGUAAGUAUCUUUCAUGUAGGAAAGCAGAAUGAAUGUUCUUGCAUGUUCCGUUUUGUUUGUUUCUGCAGCUUGCAAUGUGGCAGCUGCAGUUCUGAGAUUCAUACUUAUAAAAUCAAAUAUUUCAUAUUUAUUUGUCACGCUGGAAGAGCCACUGUGUAAUUAUACUUAAAGUACUUGCCCAGAUGUUAAUAAAAAGGCUGUAUCCUCUCCUA